AUGUCAGCAGAUCAAAUAUUGAUAGCAAUUAAAGACAAAUGUAAAAAUAAAUGUGACAACAAACAGAAUUUAUUUGAUGAAUUAGACAAUCUACUGGAAAAAAAUAGUUGUAAACAAAAAUGUAUAGUGCCAGAUAAUAAUAUGCUUACAGAUAAUGAUCUUAAAAAAUUUUAUGACUUUUUGUAUAAUAAUGUAUAUUUUAUACACGAGUAUAAUGAAGAUGAAUGUUCCUAUUUACGCCAAUGGAUUGACAAAAAAAAAAAAUAUUACGAAGACAAUGUAUCAACAAAAAAUGAUAUGGAUUUAUGGGAUAAAAACAUAAAUAUUAUAUAUCAAGAAUUAUGUAAAUUAAGUAAUUGUUUUUUUGGAAAUUGUUGUAAAUGGGGUGAUGCUGUAUCUGCAUGCGAAUAUUCAUUAAGCGCAGAAAAACUUUUAACUUUUAGAUCACCAAUAAGUUAUAUUUUUUAUGUUUGUUUUACACUUUUAAUAACAAUUAAUGUUAUGCUAUUUAAUAUUUCUAAAAUAAAACGGUUUUUCUGUAAUAAGCGUAGUAAAGUUGUAAAAAGGAAAAAUAUACAUGGCAAUCAAACCUUUAGAAAUAAUAAAGAUUUUAAAUCGGGUGUGGAAAGAAAAAGAAUUAAUAUAAUUUAUCAGUCCAAGAACAGUAAAUAA